AUGGACGCGGACGACGUCGACGCUCAUGCGUCCAUCGACACCGAACAACCAGCCGAAGAGACCCUCGACGACAUUCUGGUGGGAUUGAUUCCGGAGACAAAAGUCGUCAUACGCGAACCAGUCGUGUCGUCACAUGCCGCAAUCGAGUCGGGUGUGGACGUCUCCGGUGACAUUGUGGACCGCAUUUCCAAGCUACUGCCACUGCAGCGCUGCAAAGUGACUGCUCAGGCAGUGUUGAUGAGUGCAAUUCUGGYGUCGACCAUGUCUGCUCUUGACAUGUUCACUGAGCUGUCCAAUGACCCCGCUCGCCUCACUGCGACUCUGCUUGCCCACGCCGAGCACCACAAACGCUCGAACUACGCGCGUUCACACGUCGACACAUUCGAGAAAGACCUGCAGCCCGAUAUCAAGAGAUGGCAGGAACAGUUCAGGACAUAUGACAUCCAGGAGUACAGCCUCGUGCAUCUUGCCCACCUCGAUGCUCUGCAUGCGAACCGGGCCUGCUUGCCGCAGAACCUGCAGGACUCUUUCUCGCAACUACACAAACUCUUUUGCAAUGUGGAGGAACGCCUGCGGGAGGGUAAUUUGCUCUUCGCUGAUCCUCGAGUGAGUGAGAGCGAGCCUGGAGUGAAGUCGCACACCUUUCGCAACAAGAUACCAGGACUGGUCGGGGUCCCGCACRAGCGUGCGUAUGAGCACGGCAUCGAGAUAUCCCACGACGGGGUGUCUGAAUUCAGAUUCCAUGAAUUUGAGGAUUCAGCCGAUGAAAUGGGCUGCCGCUUGCACCACCCGAGGAGAGUUCCCAAAAUCAACAGUGUCUACACGAAACGUGGCGCAGGUGACACUAGCACCCAAAACCCAUAUUUCCCCAUCGACGACCAUAUCAUCGGUCAGCUGGAGGAUUGGGGAGGGUCGACUCAGAUGACCCGCUCGAGGGCUGGACCACGUCCAUGUGCAGUUUACGCGGACGGCGAGGGUAUAGCACUCGACCAGACUUUAACUGCAAGUUCGAAGCAGGCCCUUGACACCAAUGCCGGCCUGCCUCCGCGGCCAUACCUGGGUAUGUGCCUGAACUCUCAAUUUGCCGAGUACGAAAUUCAGCUCAACGACGGCGCCGUGAUCUUCAGGCUCCUUCCGGAUGACUGUGAAGUGCUGAUGGCUCGACUUCUCCCUGUAAACAGAGCUGCGGCCCGCAAAUGGGACCAGAAAGGCCGAGGUGAGUUUCAGUUUCAGUGGGAUGUCAAAACCGACCACAGCACAUCUCCCAUCUGGGCGUACGAGAUCGUCGCCAAACUCAAAGAGGGAAAACGCUUGACACUGCGCCCUGGUCACGACAUUGAGACCCAGGAUGAUGAGUGGCGUACAAUGGCCGAAUCACUUGCAAGGGCUAGCAAUUUCGGUCCGGUAUGUAUCAACGACGGUAUCAUCUCGCGAGGCUCUUUCGUUUAUGAACGAUGGACAUCUUACUCGCCAACUCAAAGGCAGCGACUUCGCUCUCUGCUAUAUUCAAGGCCACCAUGCUAA